AUGUCUAUCCUCUCGACAUUUCAAGCUCUCCAUGAAGGCAUGCCUUUUACCAUAGCGCUUGUGAUCCUUCUCACCUGCCUCCUUCAGCACAGUGACCUUCCAAUCAAACUAAGAUGGGUCGAUCCCGGUGUUCCUCACAGAAGGAGAAACGGAGGUCUCGACUGGCGUGCAAUCUGUUUGACCAUUCUGGACAGAGUGUGCCGAGAAGUCGGACCUGCGGUUGCUGAUGAGGUCGAGGCCAAAGAAGACGAAGAUGCCGGAUAUGAUGCUGAUGUUGAAGAUGCCGUUGAAGACGAUCCUGACGACAGCGAGGAUCAAGAAGACUAUUCCACGUGUGUGGAGUGCAAGCCCAUCUCCGCCUCCUCUCCGGACGAGGAGGACAAAGCGAAUAGCCGCGUGAACCCCGACUUGGCCAAUCUGACCCAGCUCAAGCACACCUACGACACAUACAUCAAGACCGUACAAACGGAACUUGAUGAAGCUAGGCUGAAACAUAACUUCAGAAUGGCGCAACUCGGAAUCGACCCCUGCUCCCUCUCUAUCUCCCUCGAUGAAGACGAAGGCGAAGACGUAACUUUCGAAGUCGAGGACAUUGUCCACAACGACCCCGAUACUAUCUCCAAGAACCUCACGUCCAUCAUGACAGAGAAACGGGACGAUGCCUCCUAUGCUAUCGCGAGGAUGCGAGAAAGGGAAAGGCGGGCAGGGAUCUUGGCGAGGCUCGACCGUCGGGCCAGGAGGAGUUUGUUGGGACGUUCGAUACGGUGA